AUGACCUCAAUUCCCGUGGAGAACAUUGCUGUGCAACGAGGUCGGAUACCACCGAGCCAGCACGGGAUGCCCGGCCACUUCGCCCUGACCAACGGCGAGGCCCUCAAUGGCCAUUCGUACCUCAGCUCCUACAUCUCGCUGCUGUUGCGGGCAGAGCCUUACCCUCCGGCGCGGUACGGGGCCGCGUCGCCCGGUGCAGCCGGCGCCACGGGCCCGUCACUGUGUGCCACCACGGCCCUGCACCAGCACCACCAGCACCCGCACCAGCAGCAACACAUGCUGGCUGCAGCCGGCGGCGGCGGCGCCACGGGCCCCACCAACAACACCGGCAACGGCAACAACAACGGCGCCUCCAUGAUGGGCAUCGACGGCAUCUGUGAGCUGGCUGCGCGGCUCUUGUUCUCCGCCGUCGAAUGGGCCCGCAACAUUCCCUUCUUCCCCGACCUGCCAGUCACUGACCAGGUGGCGCUGCUUCGUUUGGUGUGGAGCGAGCUGUUCGUGCUGAACGCGUCCCAGUGUUCAAUGCCGCUGCACGUGGCGCCGUUGCUGGCGGCAGCGGGGCUCCACGCGGCGGCCGUGCCGCCAGGCGCCAGCCCGUCCGCCCCCUCCGCGCCCGGCAUGACGAUGACUGCCGACCGCGUGGUGGCGCUCAUGGACCACAUCCGCGUCUUCCAGGAGCAGGUGGAGAAGCUCAAGGCCCUGCAUGUCGACUCGGCAGAGUACUCGUGUCUCAAGGCCAUCGUUCUCUUUACCACCGACGCUUGCGGGCUGUCGGACGUGUCGCACAUCGAGUCGUUGCAAGAGAAGAGCCAGUGCGCCCUGGAGGAGUACUGCCGAACCCAGUACCCGAACCAACCGACCCGGUUCGGGAAACUGCUCCUGCGCCUGCCGUCACUCCGCACUGUGUCCCCGCAGGUCAUAGAGCAGAUCUUCUUCGUGCGGCUCGUGGGCAAGACGCCGAUCGAGACGCUCAUUCGCGACAUGCUGCUCAACGGCGGGUCCUUCAACUGGAACUAUUCGUCGGCGGCCGCCAUUGUGCUCGCGUUGAUGCCAAAGCAGUUCACCAGUGAUCCUUCUGUCAUCUCAGUUGUGAUCCCGGGUUGA